AUGAGUGCUCAAUUGAAGGUUCUCGGCAUCAAAGUCGACACUUUGAGGUUGCUUCUCCGCGUGAUCAUCCUCAUUUCCAUCGCCGGCGCUGCCAUCUCCUCCCGUCUUUUCUCGGUCAUUAGAUUCGAGUCCAUUAUCCAUGAGUUCGACCCAUGGUUCAAUUUCAGAGCAACAAAGUACUUGGUGUCUCACUCUUUCUACGAAUUUUUGAAUUGGUUCGAUGACCGCACCUGGUAUCCCUUGGGUAGAGUGACUGGAGGGACAUUGUACCCUGGUUUAAUGGUGUCCUCAGGUAUUGUCUGGCACGUCUUGAAAGAUUGGUUGAAGAUGCCUGUGGAUAUCCGUAAUGUUUGUGUAUUAUUUGCUCCGGCCUUCUCGGGCGUCACCGCCAUCUUCACUUACUUGCUUACCAAGGAAAUGAAGGAUUCCAAUGCUGGAUUGUUAUCUGCCAUUUUCAUGGGUAUUGCUCCAGGCUACAUCUCCAGAUCGGUGGCCGGCUCCUACGAUAACGAGGCCAUUGCCAUCACCUUGCUCAUGGCAACUUUCUACUUGUGGAUCAAGGCCAUGAAAGUUGGAUCUAUUUUCUACGGAACCUUGACUGCUCUCUCUUACUUCUACAUGGUUUCUGCCUGGGGUGGUUACGUCUUCAUCACCAACUUGAUUCCUUUGCAUGUUUUUGUGUUGAUCUUGAUGGGCCGUUACUCCAGCAGAUUGUACAUCGCCUACACCACCUGGUACUCGUUGGGAACGUUAGCAUCCAUGCAGAUUCCAUUCGUGGGUUUCCUUCCAAUUCGUUCCAAUGAUCAUAUGGCAGCUUUGGGUGUGUUUGGCUUGUUGCAACUCGUGGCCUUGGGUGCCUACGUGCGUUCUAACGUGCCAACAGGCCAGUUCAAGGUGUUUUUGACCGUGUCCAUGAUUGCGGUGACUAUCUUGGGUGUGUUUGGCUUGACCGCCUUGACUGCUGCCGGCUGGAUCGCUCCAUGGACUGGACGUUUCUACUCCUUGUGGGACACCAACUAUGCCAAGAUUCACAUCCCAAUUAUCGCGUCUGUGUCUGAACAUCAGCCUACUGCAUGGCCUGCGUUCUUUUUUGACACCGGAAUGUUGGUGUGGUUGCUUCCUGCUGGUGUGUACUUCUGCUUCCAGGAAUUGCGUGAUGAGCACGUUUUCGUGAUCAUCUACAGUGUUUUGGGUGCUUACUUUGCUGGCGUUAUGGUCAGAUUGAUGUUGACCUUGACCCCAGUGAUCUGUGUCGCCGCAGCAAUUGCCUUGUCUAAGUUGUUCGACACAUACAUGAAUGUUGUUGAGCUCUUCAAGACAUCAGACGAUGACGUGGAAGAAGUUGUCGAAAAGAAGACCGACAAGAAGCAAAAGAAGACCACCAAAUCGUUCCCAUUGUUCCAGUUGUUGAGUAAGGCCGUGGUUCUCCUCAGUUUUACUUACUAUUUGGUUAUCUUUGUCCAGCACUGUACUUGGGUCACAUCGAACGCCUACUCGUCUCCAUCGGUGGUGUUGGCCUCCAGAAAUCCUGACGGUUCUCCUGCCGUCAUUGAUGACUACAGAGAAGCAUACUAUUGGUUGAGAAUGAACACUCCAGAGGACGCCAAGGUCAUGGCUUGGUGGGAUUAUGGAUAUCAAAUUGGAGGUAUGGCCGACAGAACCACAUUGGUCGACAACAAUACCUGGAACAACACUCAUAUUGCUACCGUAGGUAAGGCCAUGUCUUCGAGGGAGGAAGUUUCCUACGAGAUCUUGAGACAGCACGAUGUUGACUACGUUUUGGUGAUCUUCGGAGGUGUCAUUGGUUACAGUGGUGACGAUAUCAACAAGUUCUUGUGGAUGGUUAGAAUUGCUGAGGGUAUUUGGCCCGACGAGGUCAAGGAGAGAGAUUUCUUCAACAGUAGAGGUGAAUAUAGAGUGGACCAUGAGGCUACAGAAACCAUGAAGAACUCGUUGAUGUACAAGAUGUCGUACUAUCGUUUUGCAGAGUUGUACGGAGGCAAGGAUGCCCCAGACCGUGUCCGGAACCAAAACAUUCCUGCUGACAGGAAAAUCACUUUGGAUACUUUGGAGGAGGCUUUCACAUCGCAGAACUGGAUUGUGAGAAUCUACAAGGUCAAGGACUUGGACAACCUUGGACGAGAGAUGCACUUGGCUGCUGACUUUGACCGUAGUGCAAACUCCACGCUGACGAAAAGAUCUAGAGCGAUCAGAAAGCCACUGUCCGACUUGAGGGUGUAA